AUGUCUAGCACAGAAAAAGUCGACGCAGCUGCAAGAAGUUCUCGAGCACGUCCUUCUGAAACCGCUGGCACUGGUAAUCCUGCUUCAGAAGAUGCUAGUGGAAAGAGGGCUACUACUGCUAAACGCCCAAAACAAAAAGCAAGUUCAAGCACUCAAAAAACAUCCAAGAGCGUCAAAGCAGGUGAAAUUCCCUUUUCUGUUACGAAUCCUGAUAAACAAAGAAUAUGUAAAGGUCGAUAUGCUGACCGGGUUGGAGCCGGUGCUCCCGUCUAUUUGGCCGCGGUCAUAGAGUAUUUGACUGCCGAAGUCCUUGAACUUGCUGGCAACGCUGCUCGUGAUAAUAAGAAACAGAGAAUUAUUCCAAGACAUUUACAACUUGCUAUUCGAAAUGACGAAGAACUGAAUAUCUUGUUGAAGAACGUUCAUAUCUCUGAAGGUGGUGUCCUUCCGAACAUUCACAUCGAAUUGCUUCCAAAGAAGAAGGGCGAAAAAGGCAAGACCACAAGUGGUACCGCAGCUCCAACUCCAAAGAAAGCUACUAAAGGUAGUAAGACUCCUUCGACGGCUGCUAAGGCUUAA